AUGUUUCGUAACACUUCUGCGGAUCACUUGAAUCUGUUUAGCAAUAGAGCCAAUCAGUCGAAGAAGAAACGCAAGUCGAGGACAGCCUUCACUAAUCACCAGAUCUUUGAAUUAGAGAAACGAUUUUUGUAUCAAAAGUAUUUAUCGCCGGCCGAUAGGGACGAAAUCGCACAGACAUUAGGCCUCACUAAUGCCCAAGUGAUCACCUGGUUUCAGAACCGAAGGGCGAAACUGAAGAGAGAUAUGGAGGAGUUGAAGAAGGAUGUGGACGCCGCUAAACUCAUACCUGUCCACAAAAGCCUACUUGAGAUCCAAGACCUGAGUCUAAUGAAGAAAGCAGAUUUGGCUGCAGUCCUACACCAACACCAACAACACAAUAAGUCUCUCAACUAAAUAUAGUACUAUUUGUUUUGAAAUAUAAAUUGAAAUUUGUUUGAAUUAUUUGAGCAAAACCUGAUAUAAUAGUAUGAAAAGUGACAAAACAAACCAUUUUCACUGCAAUAUCACUAAACGUUCCUAAUUUAUAUUGUUAUAUAC